AUGGCGGCGCUGGGGGCAGCGCGGGCGCCGCUGCGGCGCGGCCUGUGCGGGGCGGCGCGGCCGCGCAGCCUCCGGCAGCUCCGCGAGGCCGACGAGGCGGCGCCCGUGUUCCAGUACGCGGGCAGGGCGGCCCGCCGGAAGGACCGCGUCUUCGUGUGGGGCUUCUGCCACUCGGGGGCCCUGGGCAUCCCCAGCUUCGUGAGGCCCGACGCGGGCUGGAAGAAGCCGCGGCGCGUCCAGCCGACCCCCUACCGGCUGGACACCGAGGAAAAGAUCUCUUCUGCAGCCUGUGGUUAUGGAUUCACGCUGCUGUCCUCUACUACCACUGACAUCACCAAAGUCUGGGGCAUGGGCCUCAACAAGGAUUCCCAGCUUGGAUUUCAGAGAAGCAUGGGAGAUCGAAAUAAAGGUUAUGAGUAUGUCCUGGAACCUUCUCCAAUUGCACUGCCACUGGCGAAGCCUCAGCAGACGCGGGUCUUGCAGGUUUCCUGUGGGAGAGCCCAUUCCCUGAUCCUGACAGAUAGCGAAGGAGUCUUCAGCAUGGGCAACAACUCUUAUGGUCAGUGUGGCAGGAAAGUUAUCGAAGACGAAGUGUACAGUGAAAGCCAUACCAUUCAUCAACUGAAGGAAUUUGACAGCAGAGUUGUCCAGGUUGUGUGUGGGCAGGACCACAGUCUGUUUAGAACAAAGAAAGGCACAGUGUAUGCAUGUGGAUGGGGAGCUGAUGGACAAACAGGUCUUGGACACUACAAUAUCACCAGUGUUCCUACUAAGCUACAGGGUGACAUUACUGGAGUAAACAUUGUCCAGGUCGCUUCCUAUGGGGACUGUUGUCUGGCUGUUUCAAAUGAGGGAGAUCUCUUUGGUUGGGGAAACUCGGAGUAUCUGCAAUUGGCAUCUGUCACGGAGACCACACAGGUGAACGUUCCCAGACAUUUGCCAUUCAAGAUAGGGAAGAUAAAGGAAGCUGCAUGUGGAGGGACUGGCAAUAUGGUUUUAACUGAAGAAGGAAAUGUUUUUGUCUGGGGAUAUGGAAUUCUUGGGAAAGGACCAAACUUAAUAGAAACAGCAGUGCCAGAGAUGAUCCCACCCAGCCUCUUCGGCCGGUCAGACUUCAAUCCGGACAUCUGUGUUGCUCGCAUUCGCUGUGGACUCAGCCAGUUUGCAGCACUUACAAACAGAGGAGAACUCUUUGUAUGGGGCAAGAAUCUAAGAGGAUGUCUGGGAAUUGGAAGAAUGGAAGACCAGUAUUUCCCAUGGCGGGUGACUGUGCCUGGUGAGGUGGUGGAUGUUGCAUGUGGAGUCGAUCAUAUGGUAAGCCUGGUUAAGUCUUUUACAUAGUUAGGCUGCUCA